CUUCACCAACUGUAUAAAACUGGCAGUUCUGGUCAACAUUGAUGCUUAAAUACUUGGAAGAGACAGGACUGUCAUCACCUAGCUACUGGAAGCAGCUUCUGUGUGUAACCCAGUGUCCUCUGUCUCCUCCCUGGCUUGGUGUUUCUUCUCUCCAGUGAUACUGAGUUCCCAGCCAACCUCCAGCUAUGAAGAUCCUUUAUCUUCUCGUUGCUGUUGUGUUUUUGGUGCUCAUGGAUGCCCCAGGAUUCUCCCAGGGCGUGGUGACCCGAAGGCAAUGUCGACGCCAACAGGGUAGCUGUCACUUUUGGCGAUGUCCCACCCAAUCCAUAUAUAUUGACAGAUGCAUCAUUGGCCAUUGUUGUCGAAGGUCGGAAAUUAUUCCCGAUGGUAACAAAAAGAUUGGGUGGUCCUCUGAGGUGAUUUUCUGAUUGAUUGUCCAGGGAGUCUGGGAGAUAGCCACUUGCUUCCAAAAUCAUCAGAUCCUGCCGCGGUGGAACACAGAAGUGCGGCUGCUCAUUUGGCCUGCACAGAACCUUGAAAGUUGGGAGGAAGUCCAUGAAGUUCCCGUAUAAGAUUUGUUACUCCUCUUUUAAUAAAAGCAAGCUGGCGUGAGGACAUCCU